AUGUCUGAACUGGAGGCUGAGAGACCAACAUCCUUCGCCAGCUGGCUUCUGGUCUUAAAAAUGGAUUAUCGCCUGUGCUGGAGUUUGCGAUAUGAAAGAUGUUUUAAAGCAUUCGCCGCAAUGCUGAAUGCCAACCAUGGCGUGCGAAGACAAAAGGUUUAA